GAAAGAAAUUCAAAGUUUGAUAACCUACGAAGCUAAYAGCAAACAAGGUUAAAGAAGAAAUAUUUUUAAAAGAGGGAAACCACAAUGCAGCUGGCUUCGAUGAUGUGUAUUGGACUCAUAGUAACAGCAUUAAUAAUGGCGAUGAUAACAGCCGCACCAACUCCCAACUGUGGUAUAAUCCAUCUUAGACCACGGCAACUAAUGGACAAGUUCACUAGUGCAAACUGGCUCGUGGUAGACCGAAGUCAUGGUGAAGGGAUUGCCAGAACACGAAGACUAACGAGAAGCAUUAGUGAAAAUGUCGUCCAUAAUGGCAAGUGUUCUUGGAAGUACACGUUAGACGAUAACGCGUCUAGGAUUCCUAGAUUCAUCCCUAGAGCAGAAUUAACCUGUAGCAACUGUUCUCAUUUCUGUAAGGCGAGUUUCUGGGAACACCACGUACUCGUGAAGGACUGUAAACGUCUGAGGUCUGUCCGACAAAAGGUAGAUGUCUGGAAAACAUCUACUGUUUCGUUACCCAACUCCUUCGUCUUCGACCCUUGAUGGAACCCAACAUCAAGUCUACGAUACACGACAUAGCUUUUUAUAAGUAAAUAUUAACAUAUUUAUAUUACUAUAUUUAGUGGCCAUAAUGUUCAAUAUUUAUAAUCUAAUUUUUUUAAACAAAAGUUUGAUACAUAGUACGCUGGAUGUGUUUGUGAGACAGCAAGACACCAUGGUACAUACGUCACGACAGUCACAGGUUGGUGACCAUGCGACGUCACGCAAUUAAACGUCACGAAUGAUUUACUGCGUUACAUUGUGUAAUCUGUAGUGCUCAUUAUCAUGGUGUACUGUCACAUCCAUCAUUUAUAUAGGAAACUGACCCUGACACACGUAGGAUAUGAUCAAUGUGGCCUACUUGGGCCUAUCAUAACAAGGAACAACUUUGCACAAGGUUGAGUUGCUCAAUGAGGCAGAUAACUAGGUGAUACUGCAGCACUUGAAUAUCAAUCAAUCAAUCAAUCAAUAGGUUAUUCAAUCACAUAUAAAGCUUAUAAAGCUCGUUCAAAAUACGUAAUCGAGCCUGGAAAACGUUAACCGAAGAUGCUUUGAAAACCAUUUGAAUCCUAAAAUUGUAGAUUAGAUUUGAUUCACUAAGUGAUCGGUGACUGUUAGCUCAAAGAGCUCGACAAUACGUUACCUCAUAAUGAAGUAUAGUACUUCUAUUUAUCUGCUGAUUAACGAGCAGUAUCUAUUAAUGAAUAUCGAUUAUAGAUAAAUAAUAUGCAAGUAUACACCUGUAACAUUGAUACAUUUAGUAUCAAAAUAUAUAGUU